GUACACGAUACAGCGGGUCUACGGCAAAGCAAAGCGUCGCCAGCUGUACAAGGCACAUAACAUUAAGGGUAACCAAUGGAAGAACCAAGCUUGGUCACAGAAUUAGAAAAUAUGCUCGCACAAAAUAUCAGGUGCAGCCAACAACAAGGGAACAUGUCACAGUUUACCCCUGAUACGAUCUCAUACAGUUGUAUCACUUGCACAGAAGAAGGAUCGAGCUAAUCGCAUUUGGCCAUGAAGCGAAAGUUCCAAAGAUACGAUGCAAGACCGUGUCUCGUCGUGCUCCUCGUUGCGCAGUGCCCCUUACACCGUGCCGUAUAAUAUCAACACGAUAGUUUCUCGUCUCCAUUGCGGAAGCACCGGGUCAACUUUCAUUCAUGGCUAUUACUUACAACUAGCAAACUUCAUUCUCUCAUUUUAGUGUUCCAACUCAAGUCGCUCCCUUUUUCUUCGAUAUAGAUCAUGGCCUUUCAUAUGGUUCAACAGUUAUGGACGCGCAAAGCCGAUGGUGUAGCUGGUUAUCAUUUACUCGAAAACGAGGAGGACUUUUUCGAGAAAGGAGAACAGCAAGAAGUGGGAGGCUCUUUACUAGCCUCUGAGGCUCAUGUACCGUCUGCAAACCACCAAACGCACAAGAGGCAGGUAUCAUCCCUUCGAUGGCCUCGGAUGCUCAAAAUACUUCUGCCAAGUUUUCUUUGCUCUUUAACCUCAGCCAUCGAAGUAAAGAAACAAAGACCAACGGCUUGGCUAGAUGGCCUUCGCGGCGUCGCGGCCUUAUUCGUCGUCCUGCACCACAUGUCCCUGAUCUGGUUCUCAUGGGAUAUCCACAACGGCUGGGGUUCCUGGAACGACCACCUGAUCCAACUUCCCAUCAUCCGUCUUGUCGUGUCAGGGCCAGCGAACGUCAUGCUCUUCUUCGUCAUCUCGGGCUAUGCGCUCUCCUGGAAGCCGUUGAACCUUAUUCAGAACAGCGAGCAUGUCAAGAUGUACCAAUCGCUAGCAUCUUCCAUCUUCCGCCGCCAUUCUAGAUUAUUCAUCCCAGCGAUUAUAAUAUGCGCGCCGGCUCCAAUCAUUGCAUACCUUGGCGGCUAUAGUGACGAAGGCAUGCCCGGAGCCGCGAUAAAACCGAUGAAUCCGCCUCGUUUCGAUAGCAUUUGGGGCCAAUUUGCGCAUUAUAUGGCUUCCAUCAUGCCCCUUUCCGAUCUAUACGGCCCUGGCCUCGUUGCGUGGAUCUACAGUGACUCGUUAUGGACGUUGCCGAUGGAGUUCAAGAGCUCCCUCGUCGUAUUCGGUUUAUUGCUUGCGCUAUCGAAAUGCACAAUGCGAUCGCGAAUUGUAAUCACGCUCUGCGUUGCCUUUUAUUCGUUUUGGUACUUCCACUGGGGCGAGUUCCUGUUCGUUGGAGGCAUGCUUGCAGUCGAAGUGAAUCUUUGGUCUCGGCGAUCGGCUACCAAGAAGGCACCGAUACUUGACGAAGGCGCGUACGAUGCUGCGACGAUGGAGACAUCUCUUCGGCCUGAGGGUCUCCAAUACUCGGUCUGCCGUCAACUGUUCUAUACUACUGCAUUUCUGAUCGGACUGUUCGUCCUCAGCAUGCCAGAGCAUAGGCGACAUGCUUCCGAUAGCCAUGGCUACCAGAUGUUAUCUCAACUAAUACCAUCACGAUUCCAUAACUCAGGGGCUAUUGACUAUUUCUGGCAACCGCUAGCCGCAAUAUUCCUCGUAUUAGUCAUCGACAGCGCAAGAUUCCUGCAAGCAAUCUUCACGACGCGGCUUGCGCAGUACCUAGGCCGUGUGUCGUUUGCGCUCUAUCUAGUCCACAUGCUUAUCUUGCACAGUCUAGGGUUCUGGCUAGGAAAGUACUUUCUGGGAAUCACCGGGUCGAAUUCGCCGUGGAGAUAUGGCAUAGGAAUCAGUCUAGCUGCUAGUAUUGUCGGCUUUGUGAUCAUUUGGGCUGCUGAUUUGGGCUCGCGCUUUGUGGAUGUGAACGCAGUGCGGUUCACGGUGUGGGCUUACAGGAGGUUGUGCAAAAAAGUCUGAAGUGUUAGUAUAGAAAUCUCAAAACUAGAGGCUCCCGCAUCUGGAAUAAGAAAACCCUAUAUUGUGUUGCAUCUAUGGGGCUAAUACAUUUAUAUCUCUGAUAUUUCACGAAACCAGCCAUCAUG